AACCGCAAACAUGUCCCAGAACCUGACUAAGAACUACCAGAUCUUCUGGAGCCACUUGGUGCAACUGCUGAUGCAGUUCCUCCAACUGGCACUCUACUGGAACGAGGAGAAGCCCCAGGAAACCAGCCACCCCACCAAGAAGGAAGCUAGAGCCCUGGCGAUGGAGUCCUUUGCCGAGGAGCAACUGCAGCGACUGGAGAAACGGGCCCAGGAGCACGCCAAGGUGGAGCUACUGCACCGGAUACUCGUCCAGCAGCAGCUGCAGGAUCUGGAGCAGCGGCGGCGCAUUCGACUGCUGCUGGCCCGCCGCCGCCUGGACUUUUCCAAUUAGUCGCAAUUAUCUCAUCAUUUAUUUAGAUUUAAAAUUAAGUUUGUUUGCAUAUUUAAGUGGAAAUUAGCCGGGGGACGGGGGGGGACUGGCCGGGGGAUGAUCAUUACCCCGACGGCCAAAAUCAAAACCAAAUAAACGCGAGAUAUAGGAAAUUAUAGACACGUGUUUGCAUUUCCCUGCACGCCAAUCGAAGCUUUCACUUUCCGCUUUCCAAGACGGCCAGAGAUCUGCCCAGUUG